CAUGGCCUGGGUGGUUCAUCUCCAACGUGACGACACUGUCAUGGUCCACUACUCUGCUACAAAUAGUGGAGUUUGUCACAGUCCGAUCUUCAUCCUUCCUGGCAUUUCCUUCUCUUUCUGUUCAUCUCCAAAAGGAAGAAACAAACUGAACUUAGUCUCUCGGUCCCUGCUGUUACAGAGUCGGCUAGAAAGCUCGAAUGGCAACAUUGAAUGCUGCGCCCCUGAUAUCAGGUGCCUCCUAUUUCAACUGCGUUGGUGCCUGUAACUCAAAGGUAGUCCCAUCUGCAAAUAAUGCUGCUGUUCACAGAAGGCCGCAUCUUCACAGGCAGAAGCUGAAAUCCUACAGUGGGUUGAGAUCUUUCAGUGUUACGAACUCACAGAGCGAUGCCUUAGCGAUUCAAGGCCAUGUGGCCAAAACAGCAUCUAAGCAGGAGAGCAGAAGAUCUAAAAGUGUGAUUGAGUGCAGUGGAGGAAUGAGUUUGGUGUUUGUGUCAGCAGAGGUGUCGCCAUGGAGUAAAACUGGAGGACUUGGUGAUGUCUUAGGAGGGCUCCCACCUGCAAUGGCUGCAAGGGGUCACCGUGUAAUGACGAUCUCUCCUCGCUAUGAUCAGUACAGUGAUGCAUGGGAUACCAAUGUAUUGGUCCAGGUGAACGUGGGAGACAGAACUGAAACUGUACGUUUUUUCCACUGUCAUAAGAGAGGAGUUGAUCGUGUUUUUGUUGAUCACCCAUGGUUCCUUGCUAAGGUUUGGGGUAUAACUGCUGGCAAGCUAUAUGGCCCUACGACGGGAGUGGAUUAUCAAGAUAACCAGCUAAGGUUCAGCUUGUUGUGCCAGGCAGCAUUGGAAGCACCAAGAGUGCUCAAUCUGAAUAGCAAUCAAUAUUUUUCUGGUCCAUAUGGAGAAGAUGUUGCAUUCAUUGCCAACGACUGGCACACUUCUCUGCUUCCUUGCUACCUGAAAAGCAUGUAUAAAUCAAGAGGAAUGUACCAAAAUGCCAAGGUCGCAUUUUGCAUCCACAAUAUUUCCUACCAAGGUCGGUUUGCGGCCCCUGACUUUGAACUUCUGAAUCUGCCUGACUACUUCAGGAGUUCUUUUGAGUUCACAGAUGGGUAUUCCAGGCCUGUGGCUGGCAGGAAGAUCAAUUGGAUGCAGGCUGGAAUUCUGGAAGCGGACAAGGUUCUAACAGUGAGCCCAUACUAUGCACAGGAACUGACGUCCGGGUCAUCUAAAGGGGUGGAAUUGGAUAAGGUCAUUUGCAGAACUGGGAUAACAGGCAUAGUGAAUGGAAUGGACGUAAACGAGUGGAAUCCCGAGACAGACAAGUAUAUUGAUGUCAACUACGAUGCUACAACAGUCCUCAAGGCAAAGCCUGUGUUGAAAGAAGCACUUCAAGCAGCUCUCGGACUACCAGUGGACCGAAACAUCCCGUUGUUUGCAUUCAUUGGUAGGCUAGAGGAGCAGAAAGGUUCUGACAUUUUGGUAGCUGCUGUGCCAGAAUUUAUCGGAGAGAACCUUCAGUUAGUUGCUCUUGGAACCGGGAAGAAACACAUGGAGAAUCAGAUUGAACAGUUGGGGUCCACGUACCCACAAAACGCUAGAGGAAUAGCCAAAUUUAAUGCUGCCUUAGCCCAUAAGAUGCUAGCAGCAGCUGACUUUCUUUUGAUUCCCAGUAGAUUUGAACCUUGCGGCCUUGUCCAGCUACAAGGAAUGAAAUAUGGAACGGUGUGCAAUGCUGCAACAACCGGAGGACUGGCCGACACUAUUAGAGAUGGGUUCACAGGAUUCCAGAUGGGUCCCUUCAAUGUCAAUUGUGAGGCUGUUGACCCAGCAGAUAUAAGGGCGCUUGCAAACUCAGUGAGGAGGUCAUUGGCCAUCUACAGGACACCUGCUCAUGAGGAGAUGAUCCAGAAUUGCAUGGCUCAGGAUUUUUCGUGGAAGGGUCCUGCCAGGAAAUGGGAAGAGACACUGCUGAACCUUGGAGUUCCAGGUAGCCAACCUGGUUUUGAAGGGGAGGAGAUCUCACCACGAGCUGAACACAAUAUUGCUAGGCCUUGAAUAAGUAAAUUACCUAUAUUUAUGCCAACAAUAAAAGUAUUUCCAUGGAGAAUAUACUGUAAGACAGAGUUUGUUACAUUCUCAUUUGCAUGUAAACCGAUACAACUUCGUUCUCUUGGUAUAAUACCCUUAUAAUUGUUUCCAUCGAAA